UGACAGCCAAUGGACAUGGAGAAGGGGCGGGAUUGUCCGGUAAGACUGGGCCUGCGGAAGCCGGCAGAGUUCAGUCUCGUUCCGUCCUCGGCUGCUUUUGUUGUUGCAGCGGUUGGCCCCAUGGAGACCUCCGAAGCUCUCUCCGGUCCAGGCCUCUUCUACUGGGCGGGGUUGCUGACGGUCGCGUACAUCGCGUUGCGGAUCCUCUACCAUGUGGUGAACGCCAUCCGGCUGUGGGUCGUGGGCGACCCCAAAGCUGUGGGCCCGCACCUUGGCGCCUGGGCGGUUAUCACGGGAGCUACUGAUGGAAUUGGAAAAGCUUAUACAGAAGAGUUAGCUAGGCGAGGAAUGAAGGUGGCUCUUAUCAGCAGAUCUCAAGAGAAACUGGAUCAGGUUGCCAGUGAAAUAAGUGAGAAGUUCAAAGUAGAAACAAAAACUAUUGUUGCCGACUUUGAAGAUCGAGAAGCUAUUUAUGAUAAGAUAAAAGAGGAAUUGGAAGGUCUUGAGAUUGGUAUCCUAGUGAACAAUGUGGGUGCUUCCUAUUCAUAUCCUCAAUACUUUCUUGAGAUCCCAGACCUGGAUAAAGCAAUUGACAGAUUGAUUAACAUUAAUGUCUUAUCAGUAUGCAAGAUGACACGAUUGGUGCUGCCUCGCAUGCUGGAAAGGUCCAAGGGAGUAAUAGUGAAUAUUUCCUCUUUUGCUGGGUAUAACCCAGUUCCAUUUGUUACCCUUUACUCAGCAACCAAGGCUUUUGUGGAUUUCUUCUCUCGGGGUCUCAAUGCAGAAUACAAAAAACAUGGUGUCAUUGUGCAGAGUGUUCAACCAUAUCUUGUGAUGACAAAAAUGACUAAGCUUCGCAGACAGUCCUUCUUUGUAACUACUCCUGAAAUAUUCGUCAAGUAUGCCCUCAAUACAGUUGGUCUUGAGACCCAGACUUCUGGAUGCCCAAGUCAUUCUUUAGUGGCCUGGUAUAGCAGAACUAUACCCAAGUGGUAUCGCACAAAGCUCUUGGUUGACAUGUGCUUGAAAGCAAGAGCCCAUAAUUUGAAGAAACUAAAGGAGAACUGAGCUUCAUCAUCUUGACAAGAUCCACAUUCAAGCACCAAAUACUUUGUCAUAUCUUACAUUCUUUGAACAGUGUGAUCUUUUUUUAAGAAUCAGAGACCAACAUGAGGCAAGAGAAAGCUGAGUGAAAGGAAGAGGGAAAAGGCCAGACUCAACCUGUAAACUUUUUUUUUUGCCCCUUUGUUUUAAAAUGUACUUUGUUAGAUAAAACCUGAGAUAAUGUGCUAACUUUAUUUUAAUGCACUUACACUGGCAAACUUUGUCAAUGUGAGAAUUUUGUUGAAAGCAGUACUUGGUCACCAUACACUGUUUAUAGUUGUCAGAAUGAAAUAUACAUUGUUUUCAGAAAUAAGAAUCUAUUAAUAUUUUUACCUAAUCCUUACGAGAAAUUGCACUUUGGUAAUUAUUUGUGAAUUUGGACUAGUCCUGUUUCAUAUCAUAUGGUGGCUGCAAGAUCUUUGCCUUGUCAGUGUUGAGCCCAACCUGUGAUGGAUGUCUUCAGAUGUCCCACACCCAUGUGGAUGUCUCCUUUGGGCAAUUUGGAGGUGAGAAAGAAGGAAAACCGUCAUUUUACAGUGCAAUCCUAUGCAGUUACUCCAGUCUAAGCCCACUGAAAUUAAUGGGAUCAGACUGGAGUAACUGUUUAGGCUUGCACCAAUCUACCUUUAUUGAAAUAGGGUUGAGUAAAUAUAAGGGAAGGAUGCUUUUAUUUCAAUUACCUUGUGGUAUAAUAUGAACUGCAAAAACCUAAUACAAUAUUCUUUGUACAUGCAGCCACAGCCCAACUCAUCUUCAGAGAACAUAGGAUUGUAAAUGUGACAGUUGCAAUAUAUGUAAUUCGAGGGAAAAGUCUUAAUGUAAUAGCUAUGUAGAUCUAAUAUACUGGCAAAACUACUGUUAUUAAAUCUAAUCAUUUUAAUAAAAUGAUCCAUACGGGUUAUACCAAAGGGUUGGAGAGAGAUGAUACAGCCUGCAGUAACAUAUUACCACUCUAUGCUUGGUAAUUGCCCUAUAAAUUAUUGUCUAUACCAGAAAUGUGAUUGAAGUUAAAUUCUGGAGAUUUGUGUUACAGGCAUAAUGAAAAGUAUUUGUGAGGAAAAAACAUAUUUUUGCCUGUCUUUAAGUGCAAAAUUAAGAAUAUCUUUGUUUCAUCUGUUCAGACUAGAUGUUUGAGUGUAAAUAAAAUGAAAAUCUGAUGGUUUAGAUCUUUCCCUGCAUCCCCCCUGCUGCUGGAGGAAAGGGAAGACUCUGCUAGCUUCUUCCACAAGCUUUUCCUUGGGGAUCAAACCCUAUUAGUUUAAAUACUUAUUUGCAGGAAAUAACUUCUAUUACCAUAUUCCGUACCAAAUGAAAUUGGUGUUAAAAGCAAAAAACAAAACAAAAAUCCUUGGGCAAUGUUAUCAAUUGAGGCUUAUGGUAGCAUAAUAUUAGUAAACUUUGAGUGAGUAUAAGAGUAUAGAAAGCAGAAGUUUCCCACUCCCCAACUACUGCACUAAAUUUUGGUCUUUCUUGAAAUACAUUGCCUUUUCAAGUUGUAUGUGCACAGAAAAAUCAAUCUUACCAUUUGAGCACAUUUGUUAAUACUACAAAAGCAUCUUGAUUUCUUUUGUUGCCCUUGGCGGAAUAAUGGAAGGCUCCAAUUUGAGAGUUAAAGUGUGUUUAAAUGUUACUGUACAUAGAAGAUAAAUGAAAACCGAUGUGAUGGUGCUGAUCAGGUAUGGGAAAUGAGUGUUUUCCAGGAAAUAUGCUUUUGAGCUUUUGGUAUUUGAAAGGGCAGAUUUUGGCCACAAUAGUUACACUACAACUAUUUUGAAGUGGUGGAAAGGGGCUUUGAAAUAACUGGCAUGCAUAUGCUUACAGAGUGCUUUUUCUAACCCUUUACUGUAAAACUGAAAUUUAAAAUAAACAGUUCUCUGAAUGUUUAA